AUAAACAAUGACAAUAUUAUGCGCUUGUUCUAAUUGCACUGAUAAGGGGCAAAUGAAGAUCACAGGUUAGCAAGCUAGUUAGCUAGCUACAGUAAUGAAAGUGGAGGCUAAACUAGCUUUGGGACACAACACAGGGAGUCUGUACACAGACGGUGUGUCCCAAAGCUAUGGCUAAGCAUGCUGUUUGGUGAAGCUCUGGGAUGUCUACUGAAGAGAUGAUUUCAGUAGAUUAUGAAAUAUUUGGGAGAGUUCAAGGUGUAUUUUUUCGAAAAUGCACUCAGGCAGAGGGGAAAAAGCUAGGUUUGGUCGGCUGGGUGCAGAACACAGAGGCAGGAACUGUGCAGGGGCAGCUUCAAGGUCCAAGCAACAAGGUGAGACAGAUGCAGGAUUGGCUGAAGUCCACUGGGAGCCCCAAGUCACAAAUCAUCAAAGCAGAGUUCAAGAAUGAGAAGAACGUCAAGAGUUUGGAUCACUCAACGUUCAAAAUAGUUCGCCCUUGAAUUUAUUUCAUACAGUAUUACAUUCCAAACUAACGUGUGAGAUAUACUUGUUAUUUAAAAUGAGGAUUGUUCCUGAGAGUUCCUGAAAUGGAAAGCUUUAGAAAUGUACUGUAAAUAAUUUAAACUUAUUUCAAUGUAUGUUAGGCCUUAACUCUGAAUUGUGUGUUAAUGUGUAAUAUUUAAAAUACAACUAAAAUAAAAUAUUUA